AUGGGGGCAGCGUUUGGGCCGCCCGGCUCAGCCCGCCCCGCCUCCGCCGGCCUCCUCCGCGCACCGCCCGACACGCUCCAUCUCGCCGCCCCGCAGCCCCCAGUGUCCCGCUCCGGACCCCAGCUGUCCCUGCUCCGCUGCACCCUGCUCUCAUCCCUCCUCCUGUGCUGCAUCCAUGAGACACAGCAGAACAGCUACUGCCAGCAGAUCAUCACCGAGCGGCACCUGGAGCAUCUGCAGGACCUGGCGGACACACAGAUGCAGCAGCCUGGCACCGUGUCCUUCAGAUUCAUCAGCAAGAUGAGGCUGAACGAUUCCAUCUGCUACGUGAAAGCCGCCUUCCCAUUGCUGGGCACCAUCCUGAACAGGACGACGUUCAAAGAGAACUCAGCCAACGCCAACAAGAUGAAGACGGUGCGAAGGAUGUACGAGAACAUCGACGAGAACGUGGACCCCUGCAUCAGGGAGGAGGACGAUGAGGAGCACGCGCUCUCUGAGAUGUGCUUUGAGGAGUUCACCACGUCCCCCUACGAGAUGCUGGUGCUGGUCAGACAGUUCUUCCAGGACAUCAAACAGCUGCUGCAGAAUAAGGAGACCUUUGGGAAGGAUUGCAGCCAGGUGUACCGCAGUGCGUGCGCGGGGCAGCACAGCUCAUCCCCAGGUGUGGGGACAGAUCCCGACUGCAAUUGCCUGUCCCCUGCCCUCCCUUCUGCCACCCAGCCCUCCCUCUCCGCUGCCACCGGUGCCGGUGGGGACGCGGCACCCUCUAGCACCAGGGUCCCUUAUCGGCAGCUCGGUGGCGUCCCGGCCGAGUUAGGCAGCAGUGCCCCGUCCGAGCCCCCCGGUAGCACGGAGGGUAGCUCGGGAGCCGACGAACUGCCCGGGAUCGGGCUCGGCGACGCGUCGGCGCCGUCCCCCAGCGCGCAGCGGACGCUCGGAGCCCUCCUGGAUCCGGCCUCCAGCUCCGGCCCGAAGGCUGCGGACGUUUCCAUCCCAUCCCACGGGAUCCCGGACGAAGGCGCCGGGACCUCCGUCCUCCCGCAUCGGCUCCCUUCGCCCCGAGGCAUCGCUCAGCGCCGUCCCACCGACAGCCCCGAGCGGGUCACGCAGCUCCGCUUCUCCAGGAUGGCUCCGCCGCUGCGGGGACGGGCGGACGGCGGCCCCGGGGACGGGGCGAGGGCUGGGGGCUGGGGGCUGAGCCGGCUGCGGGAGCACGAGGACGGAGGGGCCGGACCCAGGUUUGAUUCGAGCUUUGUUCUGAGCGCAGAGCAGCGCAGGAACGAGCCGCCGUCGGGCAGCGAGGGGCACCGGGAGCUGCUGGUGUAUGUCCCGGUGGGCAGCGUGGUGGCCGUGCUGCUGGCCAUGGGCGGGCUGCUCUUCUACAAGUAUAGAGCCAAGGUCCUACAGCGGCCGUUAGAAGAGGGGGGCUGCGACCCCGAGGAGCCGGAGACCAGGGCGCUGCGGGGAGCGGAGCGAUGCUCGGAGCUGGAGACACAGGAGCUGUGAGCGCCCCCCGGCGGGAUGUGACGCUGCUCGGUGUGGGGGGGACGGCUGUAGUGUGGCCUCCCCCCAUCCAAUGACCCCCCAGCCCCGUCCCGCAGCUGGAACCCGCACAACCCACGGGUGAGGAUGGAAGGACGGGGCGGUGCAGCCCCCCAGGACCCUGGAGAUGGGGCGGGCGGCACCAUUGGGCUCCAUUGGGACGGCGUUGGAUGCUGCGAGUGGAACAUCUCCCCCCAUCCGUCCACGUUUCCCAUUGCUCCUCUAUGACACCCGGCACUGGGGGACCCUAUGGGGGGGGGGGGGGACCCCUCCUGCAUCCCACUGAGGAUCCAUGGGCCUGCAAAGGGGAAACCUUCACACUGUGAAUAUUUAAGACCCGCGGUGCCGUCCCCAUCUCACAAUCCCAAGCUGGACUUGGGAGCUGCUCAGCUUCAAUAUGGACGUGAUGGAUAAAUCCUUUAUCCAACCAAUGCACUUUGGGGGGGGUUCCCCCCUCCCUGCAGGGUUAUGGCUGCGAGCUGGUCUCGCCCCCAGACUGGAUUUAAGUUGCUGGAGCACAGCAUGGCACCAUUGAUUGAAUGGGUUUGGGGUGCAGCCGAACCCAAACUGCAUCCCAGCCCACACAGCAGCCCUCCCUUAUAUAUCUGUUAUAUCCAAAGGGAACGGGACGGAGCCACGCUCAGCUUUAUGGGGUUGUUUUGGAAGCAUUAGGGUUUGGUUUUCUAUGCGUAUUUAUGGACUGCCAAUAAGAGGCAUUAAAUGGGGGGGGGUGGAAGUGGGGGCUGAGCUGGUGCUGGCUCAGCACAUGGAAAUGGGGGGGUUUAAGGUGGGGGGGGGGCGGCAGCUUUUGGGGCUAUUUCUGCCUCUUGUCUCAUUUUUUUUUGUACAGCGAAAUGGUGGAAAUAUUUUAUACAAAGUCAUUUAAAGAAGGUCUAUUUAAGGAAAAAGAAGAGAAGACAGCUUGUAUAUUUAAUGUUAUUAAUAAAGAUGGACGUGCAGCA